UAUUAGCUUUUAUAUAAUUUAACUACAUUAGCGUUUUUUUGUGCUUGGUUCUGAUAACAGCCAUGUUUGAUUACGUCACCGUGUUUUGGCCUCACGAAACAGCGUGUCAGAAUAAAUCCUUAGGAUUUGACUUAAAAGAAUAUAAACAUUAGAAUGUUUGCCAUGGUUUAGUGUAAAGUAGAUGCAUUACUGGUGUGCUGUAAGAUGUAAGGUGGUUAAAUAGGGUAAAAUACAAUCAAUCCAUUACACACGCGUGAAAGUUGUUCCUAAAAACAAAAGUACGGUGGGUUUCAGACAUGGGACGUAAAAAACAGGGUAAAUGCGAGCGACCGGUUCACAAGGGCAAAGACAGACGACACAGGAUGAAGGGGAAGUCACUAGAAACUUUCACAGAGGAGAUGCAUGAGGCUCUGCAAGCCAGUGAGGAUGCGGAUUCAGAGGCGGCAGGAGGUGUGAAGUUGCCCUGUCAGUUGGCCAUGUGGGAUCUGGGUCACUGUGACCCGAAACGGUGUACAGGACGCAAGCUGGUCAGGAAAGGUUUUGUGCGCUGCCUGCGACUCAACCAGCGCUUCAAUGGCCUGAUACUCAGUCCGAUGGGAGCCAAAUACGUUACACCCGCAGACAGGUGUUGGCCACAGAUCAGAAAUACUUCUCUUAAAAACAUUUUAGAAAAUCUGGCCGAGCCCAAAUUUUUGAACGGUAGUGCAGUUAAAUUUGCUAGACGUUGACAUGUGAAUUUGUUUCUCUGUGAUAAUGCAUCAGGAUUUCGUGACCUUGCUGUGCUCCUGCUGAGUAAGUUUAAGUGGGGCUUGGGAUUUUUGGAGCUGAAUAAGACUCUUCUAGAGCGUUACGCUUCCAGCCAAUCAGAAGAGGAACUACUGGCUGUGGAGAAAGAGUUUCUCAGUGCCGCCCCUCAGGAAGAGGAUUUAGAUCCUUUCGAUGUGGACUCAGGAAGAGACUUUGUGAAUCUCAACAGACCAGUCCAGGCUGAGGACGAUGACAGUGACGAGACAUCAGAGGAGGAAGAUGAUGGUGAGGAGGAAGAACAGAAGAGUAAAGAGGAAGAUGAUGAAAGAGAUGAGGAGUCUUGAGUUGUGUAGUCUUAAAAUGUAACAUUUGGGGAAGAAGGAUGUUUAGUCACUGAUUUAGUAACACUGACCUUCACUUGACAUGAGCAAACUUCUGUUUUCUGCAUGUUUGCAGAUGGUUGCAGAUAUAGAACUAGUAAGUUAACUAAACCAGAGUAAUCAGGUGCUGUAGUCAUGAUUUCAAAAAGCAACUUCUCCAAAGACGUUUUAAAAUGCGCAAAAUGUACUAUUUGUUCACGAGAAGAAUCUUCUCAAACUGUAAUAACAUUUAUUAUUGCAAAAAAAAGGUUGACUUGUUUAUAAGCAGAAUGAAAUGUUUAAAUAAAUAUUAAAUGGCAUUUGCUGCAUUCGAGUAUGGCUUACUAGCUGUUUUAUUAAUUGGAGUGCCAUUUUCAAUCCAGUCUGCGUAUUUUAUUUAUUUACAUGUAUAUCUAUUGGGGCUGAUUACCACAUGCAUACAUUAUUGUGUAUUCUACUCUAAGGCAAGGAUUUUCAAUAUUUUAGAUGCCAUGGACCCAAAUAUGAUCAUCCCUGUGUGAGGGACCCCAGCCUAAAAUUGUUCAUGUAUA